UCGAUACGUGUAUUAGUGUGAGCCGCAGCCCCAGCCACCCCACCCAUAACUACAUAAAAAAGCUUGUUAGUGCACACCUUUUGAGACUGAAAUGUGUAACUCACAUGUCGUAUUUAGCUUCAUUAUACUAAUACAAAAUACACAAUCUGUAAAACCUCUAAAAGGAAAACAAUGGUUCUUUUCCCGUGAUGGUCAGUUGUCAGAAAACACUGACUUUUUUAUUUCUAUAUUUCAAACAAAAAUGUUACUUUGUUUCCUCACGGGCACCCUGUUUUUCGUUUUUACUGUUACUAUUCACUCGAUGUUUUACACUUUUAUUAGCAUAAACAUUAAAUUAAAUGGCAGCAAAAGCUGUUAUAAAUAUGCAUGAUUCGAUCCCGGUUUUGAAGGUAUGUAAUUCGGGCGAAAGGGCUUACUAUGGUCUAUAAUGGAGGGAAGGGACGAACAACUUCGACUUAAAACUGAUAUUCAAUCCUGUAUGGGAAAGCUUAUAUAGGGUUUUUUUUGGUGACUCCGCUCUACAAAACCUGUUAUGCUAUAUAUGAAUAGAAUAUAGCCAUUUUGAAAUGAACGGAUCAACCUUUUUUAUGCUCACCUUCCAAACGAAUGUUAAUCAAUGGAAAACUAUGAAGAUAUUUUAAACGCUUUAAACAUACUGUAUUUUGUAGAGGUUUCCGCGCUGAUUAUUUUGCUAUAAAACAUGUUUCAAAUCACUCAACAAAUAAAGAUGCUAUCAUCAAAAUACUGAAAACCUUGAAGAGAUGAUUCAAAUUUACAUGCUUCAGUAUUUUGACCAUAAAAUCUUUAUAUCUUUUCGAUCUGGAAAUAUUUUAUUGCCAAAAUGACCAGCACAAAAAUCUGUACAAGACAGGCGAUGUUUAAAGCUUUUCUGAUGACCUUUGUCUUUUUAUGAUUGACCUCGAAUGGAAUCAUCCUUCUAAUAGUAAAAAUAAAGUUGAUUAACUUCAAAUGAAAAUUAAAACUCAUCAAACCAUUGUUGUGUUCUAUUCAAAAGAAGUGAGAGACUGAAUUCAAUUGAAAUCAGUGUUCAUCCAUACUGCAAAGCUCUGUUUCAUCUCAAUAUUCUCACUAUCAGCUGACAUUCAUCCAAAUGCUCGAUGGCAACAGAAUGGUCUCACUGUGGCUGGAGGAAAUGGAUAUGGCAAUGGAAUCAAUCAACUCUCAAACCCAUGUGGUUUGUAUGUUGAUGAUGAUGAUCAAACAGGCUAUAUCGCUGAUGCAUCGAAUCAUCGUAUUGUGGAAUGGAAAUGGGGUGCGACGAGUGGCCAAGUGGUUGCCGGUGGAAAUGGAAAAGGAAAUGGGACUCAUCAGUUGUCCAACCCAUUAGAUGUGAUUGUCGACAAAGAGAGAGAUAGUCUAAUCAUCUGCGACAGUUCGAAUAAUAGAGUGGUUCGAUGGCCUCGUCGAAAUGGGACAAGUGGAGAAACAAUCAUCUCCAACAUCCAUUGUGGGGGUUUGACAAUGGACGAGAAUGGAUCUCUCUAUGUCGUCGACAAUGGAAAGGAUGAAGUGAGACGAUAUCGAAGAGGAGAAUCUCAAGGAAUAGUGGUUGCAGGUGGCAAUGGAAUGGAAGGUGCAAAACAAGGCAUUGUCGUGGCUGGUGAUCAAGGACAAGGACAUGGUCUUACACAGUUGUCACAUCCUUGGGGAGUCGUUGUCGAUCAAUUGGGCACUGUCUAUGUGGCUGAUGCAGGAAAUGAUCGAAUAAUGCGUUGGCCCAAAGGAGUCACAAAGGGAAGUGUCAUUGUUGGUGGAAACGCUGAAGGAGGACAAUCGAAUCAGCUCAAUGGGCCCACCGGUUUGUCAUUCGAUCGACACGGCAAUCUCUAUGUCGUCGAUAACGGAAAUCGUCGAGUACAAAAAUUCAAUAUCGAUUCAAAUUCUUAA